UUGUACAGAGGUUGUGCAGAAAGACCUGAAACAGUCGGAGAGUCAGAACAGACGAUUUCCUGCAGCAAACAGCUGUUGCUUUUAUCAGUGUGAUGAAGUGUGCAUGUCCUUGGCCUUUUUCCAGUGCUGAUUUCAGUUUGGCCCUUUGCACCUUGUAAAGUUUUUUGUCUUCAUAACCUUCAGCCAUCAUCAACAUGCUUUCGCUAUCAUUACGCCAGACUUUAUGGCCCCUCUUCUUCAGGGCUUCAGGAUGUGUCAGACCAGAGGGGCCGUUGAUGGUGGGGUCAUGCAGGCGAGGCCUCGGCAGUGCUGGAAAGUGGACGGGACAGGAGAGUUUGGCCCAAGAUGAUCCAGAAAUGUGGAGCCUCCUGCAGCAGGAGAAGGACAGACAGUGUCGAGGACUAGAGCUCAUUGCAUCCGAGAACUUCUGCAGCCAGGCAGCACUGGAAGCGUUAGGUUCUUGUCUGAACAAUAAAUACUCUGAAGGAUACCCCGGGCAAAGGUACUACGGAGGUGCAGAGAUCGUAGACAAAAUCGAGUUACUGUGUCAGAAACGAGCACUAUCUGCUUUUGGUCUGGACCCAAACCUUUGGGGCAUCAAUGUUCAGCCGUAUUCCGGAUCCCCUGCUAACUUUGCAGCCUAUACCUCUGUGCUGCAGCCCCAUGAUCGCAUCAUGGGUCUGGAUCUGCCCGACGGAGGACACCUCACUCAUGGGUACAUGACAGACACCAAGAGGAUCUCAGCCACCUCCAUCUACUUUGAGUCGAUGCCUUACAAGCUGGAUCCAAAAACAGGUCUGAUUGACUACGACCAGCUGGAGAAGACGGCUCGACUCUUCAGACCCAGACUCAUCAUAGCAGGGACCAGCGCCUACGCUCGACUCAUUGACUAUGCUCGUAUGAAAAAGUUGUGUGAGGAGCUGAAUGCUUACCUGCUGGCAGACAUGGCUCAUAUCAGCGGCCUGGUGGCAGCAGCAGCUGUUCCCUCUCCUUUCAAACAUGCCGACCUGGUCACCUCCACUACCCAUAAAUCCCUGCGUGGAGUCAGGGCCGGUCUGAUCUUUUACCGGAAAGGCGUACAGUCUGUGGAUAAGAAAGGUCAGGAGAUGACCUAUGACCUUGAGGACAGGGUAAACUUCGCCGUGUUCCCAUCACUUCAAGGAGGACCUCACAAUCACGCCAUUGCGGGAGUGGCUAUAGCCCUCAAACAGGCUUCCACUCCCAUGUUCAAGCAGUACAUCGCUCAGGUGCUGCUGAACGCAAAAGUCAUGGCCAACGCUCUGCUGAAAAAAGGCUACAACCUGGUAUCAGGUGGAACAGACACCCAUCUGGUCUUGGUUGACCUUCGACCUCGUGGGAUAGACGGGGCUCGAGCUGAGCGGAUGCUGGAGCUGGUCUCCAUCACCGCCAACAAAAACACCUGUCCUGGGGACAAGAGUGCCCUGAUUCCAGGAGGGCUCAGACUCGGAGCUCCUGCUUUAACCUCCCGACAGUUCAAGGAGGGCGACUUUGAGAAGGUUGUGGAGUUUAUUGAUGAAGGGAUUCAUAUCGCGCUGGAUGUGAAGAAGAAGACGGGAAAUCUGUCCAGCUUCAAGUCUUUCCUGCUUGAAGAUCCAGAGACAGUCUCACGCAUUGCAGAGCUCCGCCAGCGGGUGGAGCUGUUCGCCAGGCCCUUCCCCAUGCCAGGAUUCACUGACCACUGACAUCACAGAGUGACUCCACAGGCGGUUUGACCAGUGCAUCAUGGGACCACAGCUAAGGAGUGCAAAGAGUUCAUUAAUGACCUGGUUGGACUAGGAAACAGGUUAGAAAGCAUCUCAGCGAGUAUUCAUUCAUGUUCUGUCACACGUGUUCUGGAGCAACUCUUGGCAUCAUAACUGCCAGAUAAUAGCAAAAACAAAAAUGAUGAUGUGAAAGUAUUAAAAAAGCUGUCAGAUAAUCAAAUUAAAUCACUUAGAAAUGGAAAAUGUGUAGAUGUUAUCUGGCAGUUAUGACACCACACCUCUGUUUCAUAUUUACACUCUA